AUGGAUCUGCGGCGGUCGCCCUCGGACCGCCCGGGACCUGGCCAGCUCACCGCGCCCGCCUUCUCGGUAGCAGCUCGCCUGCCGCAGGAGCUCGUUGAGUACAUCCUCCAUCUGUCCGCCGUCUCUACGCGGCCCGACAGCCGCCAAGAGCCGUCGCCGUGGCGUGCCACCUCGCAUCCGCCGCUCUCCUCGUCCCAGCUAGCCCGCCUAUGCCUGCUCUCGCAUGCCUACCAUGAGACGUUCGCGCGCGCCCUCUACCGCUCGGUCGUGCUGCGAGACGGUCGAGCCGUGGCCGCGUUCGCCAUCACGCUCUCGAGCAGCCCGCGAUACGGUCGCUGCGUCCGUCACCUCGCCAUCAUCCCCCACCACAGUGACGCUGCAAUGACUGUUCAUGGGGGCAGCGGCGCCGGCAGGGAUCCUGAAGACUACGGGGCAGGUGCAUUCAGUGGUGUCCGGACAGGCGUGCGCGCCGAUGCGAUCCUGCCCCUGUGUCCCAAUGCCACCCACCUCUUGCUGUCGCGCUCGAUGUUCGACGACUGGUCGCCGGGACUAUACUCGACGGCAUCGGCGCGCGAGGUCAGCCUGAUCGGCGUCGGCCGUGCCUCGGACCUCGACGGCCUCGUCAGCCGGCACCGCCAAACGAUGACCGCCGCGCUCCAGAACAAUCCGACGAUCCAGGCGCUACUCAACAACAGCAGCAUGGCGAGGCCCACGGCCGGCGAGAGCAGCGGCGGCUCGGCUUCGGACGGUCUGUCGCCCGCUCAAGCUGACACGUCGUCGUCCAGCAGCGGGUCUGGAUCGUCGGACUCGCGAGGACGACCGUCGCGUCCUUCGGCGACGCUGUCGCUGACGCACUUGCACUUGGCCAACUUUGACGGGCGCCUCGUCCACCAUCUCGCGCAGCUCACCUCGCUCACCCACAUCGUCUUGAGCUAUCCUCGCUCGCCGCCUGUACAAGAUGCCGCAGCAGACGGGCCGAUCCUUCCGCGCUCGCACCUACUGCUGCUGCUCGGUAGCGGCCGCAUCCGCCGGAUCGUCAUUCGGGCCAGCCCAUCGACCUGCCACCGGAUUCUCGAGGAAAUUGCGCCCAUCCGCGACGACAAGCUCGUCAUUCGGCCAGUGAGGCUGCCUGCUGGUGAGGAGGUGGGCCAGCGGCGGCAAUACCGCGGCAACGCGGAUACACGCGCCGCCGCCACCAACGUCUCCUCGAGCCACGUGUCCAGCGGCUCGUCAUCCUCGGCCGGCGGCUCUUCCGAACCCCGCCGCGGUGUGGGCGAGGUCGACCUGUUGGCCGAGUGGUGGGAACGCAUCCACCUCGACGCGCUGCAGCACCACCGCGGGGAUCGGCCCACCGCGUGGGCCAGCUCGAGCUCGUCACGCGGCCGCGGCGACUCGCUCAGCUCGUCCGAGAUGGACGCCGACAGCAGCUGGUCGUCUGCCGAGCGCGAGCCAGGCUCCAACGGCGACGCAGGCUUCCAUUCGGGCUCUGGAUCCUCGGGCAGGAGCGGCGAUGCGCGGACCCAGUCCGGUUCCGCGGCGUCGGGAUCCGGCUCCGGAUCUGGCUCAUACGACUCGGACGUCUAUUCGGACGACGACGACGGUGGCGGCGGCACCGACGCUGACGCCGAUGGCAGUGCCGGGUACGACGCCCACGGCGCCUUCCGCGCAUGGCCGCCCGGUCCGACGCAUAGCGGGUUGCCGCCUCGCUUAUCGCCAAGAAUUGAAGCGGGGCUCGCUGCGGCCGCUGCAACAGCGGGGCAAGCGAUGCCGGCGCAGGCCGCGCCACCGCCGCGCAUCCCAAUCGAGAUGCUAUUGGCCUACGAGGACCUAGAGCAGGCACGACAGCGGCGCAAUGCCGGGUUGCUAGUACCGAGCGUGCGCCGCCGCUCGGCUUCGCGCUCCGACGACGGCCGCCGGCGUAUCCGGCCGGGCGCAUUUGCGGCGCGAAGGUCAGACGUCCGCGGCGCCACCGAUGCCGGUCUCGAGAGGAUUGCGAGCCUGCUGGCGCUCGAGGUUGACUCCCAGGAGCGGCAUCACGGUGAUCAGGACGCAGCAGCGGCGUCGUCGUCCGAGCAAUAG